AGUGCAUUACUCUCGACUUGAAACGCAAAAAAGACUGAUACGUGACCAUUUCAUACUUAACCCAUUUGCAUUAUUACAUGAUUGAUGGGUUGAAAAUGUUGAAGAAAAUUAAGCUUCACCUACUAGUAUUUCUUCGUAAGCUGAUGAUAAAGUCUGAUCAUCACGCUUUUUCGCCAGCUUAAAUCUGACAAUUCUGCAUUGAUUCUACCAUCUUUCUUGAUUACAUGGAUUCUCUAAAGAAACUCAAGUCCGUCUGUAUGCUUAGUAGAAACCGAUGGCACUUAGCUUAUACGGCUAUCUACUCCUUAAGAGCCUUCUGGAAUCCUCCCAAAUCCUCAGAACCUUAUUCGAGGAUCCCAACCGAGAGUUAUGUUAAUAUUGAUGCUGAUCAACUUUUAUUUCCAGACAUUAACUGGUCAAGGCUCAGACACUUGGCUAAUAAAAAGGAUCUGGCUCAUCUUAACGAUCUUGGUGGUGUAAGAGGUCUGAUGUCUGCUCUCAUAACAGACGAGGAGCGUGGAAUACUUGCAGAUUCUGAGGAUAUUUCACGACGUCAGGAAGCCUUCGGGAUAAACACUUACCCUAGGCCGCCUGGAAAGAGUCUUUUUAGCUUUGUCGUAGAACAAGUGAAAGAUACAACUGUUAUCAUUAUUCUUGUUUGUGCUGUACUUGUUCUUGUUUUUGGCAUGAUCGAGUAUGGAGCAGAAGGAUGGUACCUUGGGGUAAGCGUAUUUACAUCCGUUCUUUUUGUGAUCUGCAUCUCAACAAUUGUGAACUUCAAGCAUGACAGACUCUUCAGCAAAUUGGCUAUGGCUAGUAAUCAUAAUGUUCAGAUGGAGGUGGUGCGGAAUGGAAUGAUUCUUCACAUUUCAGUGGAUGAUAUUGUCGUGGGAGACGUUGUGUGCUUGAAUACGGGUGAUCCAGUCCCUGCUGAUGGAUUGUUAGUAGAGGGUCAUUCUCUACAAAUUGAUGAAGCAAGCAUGACUGGAGAGAGUGAUCAUGUGCAAGUUGAUGUUUAUGAAAAUCCGUUUCUGAGGUCUGGAACACAAGUGGUCGAUGGACAUGCCAAGUUUUUAGUCACUUCUGUUGGCAUCAAUACGGCAUGGGGAGAGAUGAUGAGUUCCAUCAGUCACGGUUCCAGUGAAGAAACGCCUCUUCAAUCCCGACUCAACAAACUCUUUUCAUUAAUAGGUAAGAUUGGUUUGGGAGUCAGUUCACUAGAAUUUGUAAUCUUGUUAGUAAGGUAUUUGACGGACGAUUCUGAGGAUGAGGAUGGAGAGACUAAGUCCAAAGGUGUUGUGGGAAUCCUCGCUUAUGCACUUGCCUUAAUAGUUGUUAUGAUUCCUGAGGGGUUGGCUUUGGCGGUCACCUUCACACGUUCUUACUCAACCAAGAGGAUGGUGGCUCAUCAGGCUGUGGCGAAGCAGAUCUCUGCUUGCGAGACUAUGGGCAGUGUCACGGCUAUUUGUACGGAUAAAACGGGGACUCUCACAAUGAACAAAAUGGAGGUAGAAAAAUUCCUGCUUGGACAAGAGUUCAUAGAAAAAGAUAAUUAUACUUCAAUUGCUUCUAGUGUUAUGGAAUUCUUUCAACAAGGAGUUGGCUUAAACACCAAUGGUAGUGUUUAUAAGAUUGAUUUGGCAUCUAACUUGGAGUUUUCAGGCAGUCCUACCGAAAAAGCACUUCUUUCUUGGGGUGCCUUGGAGUUAAAUAUGAAUUUUGAGUUGUUGAAAAGAAGUUGUGAACUUGUACAUGUGGAAGCAUUCAAUUCCGAGAAAAAGAGAAGUGGGAUCCUGAUGAAGAAAAAUGGAGAUAACACUAUGCAUAUGCAUUGGAAAGGAGCUGCAGAGAUGAUUAUAGCAAUGUGCAGUCACUACUAUGACUCACUGGGGAAUUUGAAAGCUAUGGAAGAUGCUGAAAGGAAGAAACUUAACCAACUGGUUCAAGGUAUGGCUGCAAGUAGUCUCAGGUGCAUUGGAUUUGCGCAUAAAGAAGUUUAUGAACAUGAAAUUGAUGAUGGAGAAGCAGAAUUAAAAGAAAACAAUUAUACCCUAUUGGGUGUAGUUGGUAUAAAGGAUCCAUGCCGACCUGGUGUGAGAAGAGCGGUCUAAGAUUGCCAACGUGCUGGAGUGAAUGUAAAGAUGAUCACGGGAGACAAUGUUUUCACUGCAAAAACAAUUGCCAUUGAAUGCGGGAUACUAAGGCCUGACCAGGACACAGAUGGAGCAGUGGUUGAGGGUGAAGAGUUCCGAAACUACACCCAAGCAGAGCGGAUAAAGAAACUUGAUACAAUUUGUUUGAUGGCAAGAUCUUCACCUUUGGACAAGCUUCUAUUGGUAAAAUGCCUCAAACAAAAGGGACACGUGGUUGCAGUUACUGGAGACGGGACCAAUGAUGCACCUGCACUAAAAGAAGCCGAUAUUGGACUAUCAAUGGGAAUCCAGGGCACUGAAGUUGCAAAACAGAGUUCAGAUAUCAUUAUGUUGGAUGAUAGUUUUGCAUCUGUCGUCGCUGUUCUGAAAUUAGGAAGAAAUGUUUAUACCAACAUUCAGAAGUUCCUUCAGUUUCAACUGACAAUAAAUGUGGCAAAUCUCGUAAUCAACUUUGUGGUAGAUAUAUCAAUCGGAGAAACACCCUUAACAUUCGUCCAGUUAGUUUGGAUCAAUUUUGUUAUGGAAUUGCUGGGAGCCCUUGCCCUUGCUGCUGAACAUCCAGGCAAGGAGAUUCUGGACAUGCAGCCCGUGAGUCGCGAGGAGCCAAUGAUUUCAAAUAUAAUGUGGAGGAACCUGAUAGCCCAAGCGUUGUUUCAGAGUAUAGUUUUCUUGACAUUGCAGUUUGGAGGGAAAAAAAUCUACAAAGUUGAUGAAAGCAUAAAAGUUACUAUGCUUUUUAAUAUCUUUGUGCUUUGCCAGGUUUUCAAUCUGUUCAAUGCAAGGAAGCUGGAAAACAAGAAUAUUUUCGAGGGAAUACACAAGAACAAGAUGUUUCUCGGAAUCACUGGGAUCAUAAUGCUCAUCCAAGUUGUGAUGGUGGAAUUCCUAAACAACUUUACAGGUACAAAGAAGCUAAAUUUGGGGAAAUGGGGAGAAUGUAUUGGUAUAGCCAUUCUAUCCUGGCCUAUUGGUAUCCUGGUAAAGUACAUACCUGUUCCACACAUAACCAUCUUUGAGCAUUCCCAAGACGAAGAAGUUGGGGAAGAACUUGAUAAACUUGGGGAAGAACUUGAUGAUCUCGGGGAAGAUAUCGAUGUACUUGGAGAAGUACUUGAAGGACUAAUAAAUUAAUAUCUUGGAGUCGUUAAAGGUUGGUGUUUCUUUCUGGUUUAUUAGUGUUUGGUUUUCUUUUCUUGCUUAAACUUUUUGAAAGUCUUUUAUUUGUUCUCACUUCUCAGUUCUACUACACGCUGGACUAUCCCUACCAAUGCUAGUAAAAAUCAGUUAUAUAUAAUUUUCUC